CACAGCGCACCAAAUUAUUUCUUCUCUUUAGGAAUUAUCCCAGUGAUAAGCCAGGGCACAACAUCGGCUGGAUCCAGUUUUCAGAACCUCUCUUGGACAAUAACAGUUAUCUCCAUACAACACACCGAAUAGGUUUCCACGUGGUAUUUCUACUGAAGAUCUGAUCAGUGAGGCUACUGGAAUAUAUACAGCUUUCCAGCUGCUGUAAAUUUUGAGUGGAAAGAGAUAUAAACUGAGCAACUGUACCAUGUGAGUGAGUGCUCACAGCCACUGCUCUGAACGCGGACAAUUUCAUCCACAAAUCUUGCAAGUGUUGUUUUGUGAAGAAAAGCAGGGAUUUUGUUUAAUCAUGAGGGCCCAGUCCACUGCAGGCCAAACCAUGUUGGUACUGGUAGCUGCUCUGCUUUGCGCAGCCCUCGUUGGAGGCAAACCAUCGAGUAGACGAAGACUUCAGGAGCUGGACAAUGAGAUCAGCGGUGAAACCAGCGGUCUGGUGCACCAACUGAUGGACAAGGUGCAAGGACUUGCUGAUGAGGUUGAAGAACUGAAAAGACGACAGCAGGAGCUGUUGAAGAGGGAGUACGGGCCAGCGGAGAUACUGGACGAGCCCAUUACAAAGAUUGUUGGGCCAACUCCUCUGGAUUGUCAAGAAGCUAUGAUACGUCAGCCAUUGGCCGAGAGUGGCUUAUACUAUAUCAAACCACGGGGCCUGUUUGAACCAAUCCCUGUCUACUGCGAUAUGGAGACAGACGGCGGUGGCUGGACACUCUUUCAACGUCGCCAAGACGGCUCCGAAGAUUUCAACCGCAACUGGCAUCUUUACACCCGUGGCUUCGGCUCCCUGAUGGGCGAGUUCUGGCUGGGGAAUGAGUUCAUUCACAUCCUGACCAAGCAAUAUAACUACAAACUGCGAGUGGAGCUGACGGGCUGGGAGGGACAGCAUCUGUAUGCCGAGUACUCCAACUUUGCCAUCGGCGCCCAACGCACCUCCUUCAAGCUGCGACUGGGCAAGUUCCUUGGAGGCAAUGCCACAGAUGCACUCAGCUACCAUAGCAAGAAGCCCUUCACCACAAUAGACAACGACAAUGAUGACAGUGACAGUAUCAACUGUGCAGUGGUGCACAAUGGGGGCUGGUGGUUCAAGAGUUGCGAUCGCUCCAACUUGAACGGCCUGUAUUAUCACAGUCCACAGUAUAUGUAUCAAGGGGAUUGGGAUGACGGAAUUGAAUGGAAGGAAACAGAGGGAAAUGUGCCAUUCUACUCCUACAAAGCCACUGAGAUGAAGGUCAGACGAAUGGACUAAAAACGGGUUGAAUAUGCAAUACACUGGCAUUUUUCUGCAAACUGUACCUCAACUAAAUGGUCCAGUCGACAAACCCCUCAACCCGAAGCCAAACAUUGGGGCAAACACAAUCAAUGUGAUUGGCUAACCACUGUGCACAGUGGCUCACUCCAAGCAAGACUGAUAUGAUAUAUUUAUUGGAAAGGCAACCUAAACUGAGAAGCACAGAAAGAUGUUGAUGUCUUCAUCAAUAAGAAUGUCUCCAAUUACCCAUAUUGAACAUUUACACUUGAGAUCAUUUCUUUAUUACCUGACCAAUACUCACAGAUCAAUCACUCUCUGAGCGAUGAGGCUCAAUGCAGUAAUAUUCUGGAUGCUAGAUAUUCAUUGAUUGCCUCAAAAUCCCUGAAUUUCUGCAGGUUUGGAGUUUCAUUCAUAAGACGUGGAAAGGGUAAUGAGUCAUUGCUCAAUGCGAUAUCUGUGGAUCUCUCUUCGUAAUAGCAUUUUAAUCACCGGAAUGAGUGCACGUUAAGUCAUCCGAUGAUGAUCAUUUAGUUUGACAAGUUUUUUCACCAGUCAUCACAUUUAUGAAUUCCGGAAAGCUGCGAUGUUAGGAAGUCCAAAUUUUGGUUGCACUAUAACUCCAUAAUUCCAUUGCUUUUCCUUGAGUCUAUACUUGUGAUAAGUCAAAAGUACAUGGAAUUAAAGGAUACCAAAAAUUAAGGCUAACGCACAGCUGUCAAAACUAAUGCAGGAAUUUCUGAGGAAAUGCUUAAAAGAUUUCUUUGGAUGAUUAAUAUAUGCCACACAAACAGACCUCCUUUCUUCAAAAGCCUCUUCAAGUUCUGGGAUAACUAUAUUGUUGAGUGUCUAAAAACGUUCAUUAACCCUAACCCCUAGGGUGUGAUUUGGGACUGUUAUGGCUAUAUACCGGUGCUUCAGUAAAGUUCUCUAGCGCAACAAGAUUUCCUCAGUUUUUGUGAUUUCUUUUCAGGCCAAACCAAGGGUGGAUGUAGAACUGAACUUUCAGCCCAUGAACAUUUCGUUCCUUCGAGAACCACCACUAUUGUAUAUUUUGUAUAUGUGGAGGCACUUGGCCAUUCAAGAUUUAGUGUCAACAAGACAAAGUGGAAAAAAUCAGAUGUAGAAUUAUGCAGUGUAGUUACUUGUUCAUUGUCCGGACUAAUGACAGAUUCUUCCAGCUUUUUUGGCUGAGGGAAAUUCAGAAACAACCACAUGUAUAAAGGUCCUAAGUCUCACUGAUAAGAUCCUGACCCGACAUAUGGUAUGAUAUCAUAAUAUAGUCGGACAAUUUUUCAUUAUUUCAAAGAGGCCUUACUUAUUUGUCUAUUUUCAGUCAAAGGAAUGCAGUAUCCAUUAACUACACACUAUUAAAAGUUUGAAAAUAUUAUAUAAUAUAGACCUACAUGUAAUAUUUCACUAUAUCCUUUGCUGUAAAUAUAGAUACAUGUAUGUGAGCUUGCUGUAUAUAGCGCUUUUGCAUAUUUUAUGUCUAACCAAUGUAUCAGCUAUGCUGAAUGAUAUGUUCCAGGAGAUUUGUUAAACGUAGACCUAGAUGUACAUGUAGUUUGUGGAAAUAUAAUCACUCUAGCAAUAUUUAUUACAACUACCUUUAAUUUAGAAACAUGUAGUCUGUAGUUUACAAUGAAAACGGAAAUGGUCAAAGUCUCUGAAAGUGGUAAAAAAAUUAUGUCAAAACCUGAUACCUUGGAACUGCUGCUGGAUAUUUACUUGAGAAAACAAACCCCCAAAAAUAAGGAAGUGAAAGGGAGACCAAAUUUUCUGAAAGAGGCUUCUUGCUCCUUGAAUGUAAUAUGAAAUGAGCCGCCUACUCCCUCAGAUUCAGCUCUGUCCCCGGAAUUGUUUCAAACAGCUAUUCAGCUAUUCUGAAUCCUACCCUUCACGAUGUUACAUAAAAAACUAGUGUUGUUGAAACUUGAAAAUUCAUUGAAGUCUUACGGCCAGUUUUGUAAAUAAAACAAAUAUACCGGUACCGGUACAAACUGUAAUUAA